CUUAAUUUCAAAACUUUAAAGAAACUACAAAUUAUGAUAAAUGAAUGACAGGGAUUGAUUCAAAAUUUCACCACCACGAAGGAAGCAAAUGAGAGCAGCAAUGGCGGCAGUGCUCCUCCGAGCGCGAGCACGAUCUCGCGCUCUCUCAUCGUCAUCGAUGGCUCCUCCUCUCAAACCCUCGGAAGCCCUAACCAAGGAAGAGAUCUCCCAGAUCCACGCCCUCGUCCCCCGUCUCAUCGACUCCGGCCACCUCGACGACGCCGUCCGCCUCAUCGACGCCGCUCUCCUCGCUGACCCCUCAUCUCAAUCGUCUCUCCCUCUCCCCCUCAUCGCAGACCGCCUCUCCGAUCACUCCGACCUCACCCCCACAAUGUCCCUCCUCACCGCGCUCCGCCAUAACCUAAGCCACCCUUCUCCACUCACCCUCAUCUCGCUUCUCAUCUCCUCCUUCCUCCGCCGCCGACGCCUCAAGGAAGCAGUCAAGGUCUUCUUCUGGCUCUGCCGGCCCGAUUCCCCAUGCCGCCCAGAUCGAGACGUCUACGCGAUCGCAAUCGGAGGGUUUUGUCGGCACGGGAAGACGCUAGAGGGGCUGAGGGCGAUGAGGGAGAUGGUGAGAGAUGGGGUGGUGCCCGGGAGAGAGAUGAAGGAGGCUGUGUGGAGAGGGUUGUUACAGGAGGCAAGGGUCGACGAGGCGCAGGAACUGAAUGCGGUGUUGGCCAAUGUCAGAGAGGAAGGAGACGUGCUUGAUGCCGUUGCACUAGUUCUUGAUCGCAUAAUUAAGGACUGGCAAGAGUGAUGGCCGUGAUAAUUUUAUUAAUAUAAUUAUUAUUUACCGUUAUCUUUGAAUAUCUCUGGGCUCUUGCUGGAAUUGUUCUCAAUUUUUAAGGCCUGAUAUUUGAUUUUUGAAUUAAUACAAGAUGCGGGCGGUAAAAAUCAGGAUUUAAACU